AUGAAGGUGAACAUUAAGAACUGGAAGGGUGUGGCAGUAUGGUCCUGGGAUGUCCCAAAUGAAGAAGUUUGUGGUAUCUGUCGUGUUUCAUUUGAUGCAACUUGUUCAGCCUGCAAAUAUCCAGGUGAUGAAUGUCCAUUAGUUGUCGGUGUAUGUACUCAUAGAUUUCAUUUGCAUUGUAUCCUAAGAUGGUUGGAUACAGAUACCGCAAAGAGUUUAUGUCCCAUGUGCAGAAGAGCAUUCAAAAUCAAAGAGAAUUACCAACAAAGUCAGGUCGAUUAUGGAGAUCCUACACCAGCACAUCCUGCAUCGUCUUAUUAA